AUGAGCGCUGAACAGGUUGGUUGAUUUUUGAGGAUCUUGAUGAAACGAGUGUUUUCAGUUGAAUCUCGACAAGACGGAACUGGCCAAUCUCCUGGCGUCGUCCUCUCGUCCGAGUGUCCGACGUCUUCUUGAGGCUGAGCUCAAGCGAAUCGACGCCGUCAUCAGUUCUGAGCCGGUAGGGAAACUUUGCACCUAUUCUUGAACUUUGCUUCUUUUUCAGUUUGGUUACUUUUUGAGUAAAGUCUUUCUUCCUUAACAAAGUGAGAACUCAAAUAGUUUGUGGGAAGUGGAUCCAAGUAGGUACCGGGUAGCUACCGCUCGUGAGGUGCUGCUCGGUUGGGCCCUAUGCAGUGAAUUUUAAUAUUAGAAUUGCGUUUGAAGAAGGUACUUUAUGUUCGUUUUUUUCCCGGUUUUUUUAAAGAGAGGAAUCUUCGAGGUAACGUUAGAGAAGGUUAAAUGUCUUCUAAAGAUACAAAAUUUUAAGUAGAAAGUGUGUUUUUUUUUUUUCGUUUCAGAGAAGUUAUUAUAAUUUCCCUUUUGUCAGGCCGCCCCCACUGCCAGCGUUUCUGUCAGUUCCCCGGCAACAAAAGUAACCACCCUACCAACUGUAAAAAUAACCAGUUAUGGUAUGAUUUUCUUCGAAAUCAAAGAAUUGAAAUCUCCAAUUAUAAGGUUGGGAUGAAUCGGACAAUUUCGCCAAAAUUUAUAUCACGUUGAAGAAUGUCCAAACGCUUGCCAAUGAUCAGAUUACGUCGACGUUCACGAAUAAGUGGGUUUUCUUUUUCACAGAAACUCGCAGGUUCCCAGAUUUUUUGAGAGAAAUUCUGUUGAAGUUUGGAUGAACGACGUUUCAAGGUAGAAAAUCAUAGAAGGAUUUCUUCAUUCAUUUUUUUUCAAAUAGUUGAAAAUACUUUCCAGCUCCUUCGAUCUGAAGCUGUCGAACCUGGACGGAAAGAAUUAUUUCAUGACGAUCAAAGGUCUUCGCGGAAACAUUGUCCCCAACGAGAGUCUUGUUAAGGUAUUAGAUUCGGUUUGUUUUCAAGGAAACAUGAAGAUAAUUUUAGCAAAAGACGGAUUCCCUCGUCGUAAUGAUGAAGAAGGAGAAAGUGAAGCAGACAUGGGGCGCCCUGACGACCGUCGAGCACGCGGAGAAAGAAAAAAAGUUUACUUUUCAGAAGAAAAAUUUGCAGGGUUAUCGCAAUUUAUUGAAACUUUUUUGAAGGUUUCGGAGGAGAGAAUAACUGAGAUUGAUGUAAAAGUUCUUCCAAACCUUCUUUAAAGUUUUGAAGUUGAGUGUAAGAUUAAUUUUAAAAAAAAUAGAAAAAAAUUAAGAAAAAAACUUUUUAAGAAAAUCUUUCAGCAUGCCCAAAUUCGAUGACAAGGCAGAUCCUCAGGCGGCUUUGAUGGACAUGAUGAAGAAAAUGUACGACGACGGCGACGACGAAAUGAAACGUUCAAUCAGAAAGGUUUGGAUUGGAGGAAGAUGGUUUAUAAGUCGCCUUCUGGGUUUUUCAGGCAUGGCACGAGGGUCAAUCGAAGAAAAACAAUCUCGAGGAGAUUUGAAACCGGUGACUUCGACUGUUUUCCAUGUUUUUGAAUCAGUUCGUUAUUUUGCACGAUGUUGACUUUUUUUUUGUUCCGCUUGUUUCAAGAGAAGAGAUCCAAUAAACAGCAUUUUGGAUAUUGUUUUCGAGACACUAGUGCAAUUUUUUAAAACAGUUUGGUGAGUGAAGAAAAAUCAGGUUUGGCUCAAAUGAACACUAAAAAAGUCUUCCAAUGAGAUCUCAAAAGAAUUGUCUUUUCUACUUUAAUGAUCGCAGCAAUAUGGAAUAUCUCUGAUUUAAUUCUUACAAAAGUCAAACUUCUGGAUUCUAUAGCGGUUUGACCGAAAAAGGACCGUUACAUCGGAACGUUGGACGGUAAACAUUGAAUUUCGAAAGAAGGAAAGUUGUAAAAGGCGGUCGGCGAGUAGCCGAGGCGACUCUUCCGACCGCCUGGCAACCGACUCUGCUCAUUCUUCCGCCCUGCACCGUCAUGUACGUCCGCACCUUCUUCAUUGUCGUUCUUCUUGCCCCGUGUUACGGUGGGUUACUGUAAAGACCCUUUCAAAUAUUUUUGCUGUGAAGCUGAGACGUAUGAGUCAUUGGGUUAGGUCAAAUAUCACAUUAUAAUUACUUAAAUUAGACAAAAAAAGGACUGAUAUCGACUAAAAAUUUCCAAUUCCAAACGAAAAAGUCAUCGAAUGCAUUAUUAUGUUUUCUUAUAACAGAUCAAGUUUCAAAAACGGAUAUAAGUUCCUUUUCGGUAUCAAAUAAAUUAAGUGAACCAUGGCUCAUCUCUAUACAGAGUUAUGGACGUUGAAAAAGUUGAACAUUUAGCUUGAUAUGCUCUACAGAUUUUACAGCCCUUUCUAAUGUUUUUCCUCUUCCUUCAAAUGAAAAGGUUCCAGAAGCGUUCAACUGCUACGUGCAGAACAGCAUCCCCAACGUCUUCACCUACACUUGUCCCCCGUCGAUCACUUCUUGCAUGAAGUUCUCCUGUAGAGUCAACGGAGGUCCACUUUCAGUUUUCCAUUAGUUUAGCUGGAAAUGGUGGGAAUUUAGGUAAUCAAAAGUUUUCUUCAGUCUAUCAGUACACCAAAGGAUGUAACGACCCUGGGAAUCCACAAACUUCUUGUACAGUUCUGCAGGUUUGAGUGGUCUGAAGUGAAUCCAAUUGAAAAGGACGCAGAUCGGAUACUCAUUUCUUCAAAUAUUCAUUCAAACAAAUGUUAUCUUGAGCGUAACUGGCGGAAUUCAGAAGUAGAUAAUCAAUAGCAAUGAAAUUAAAGUUUCAAACUUCAAAAGAAAAAUUGAUUUUUUUUUUAAAUUUCAUAAACAAUAUUCAAAGUUUUAUCUUCGAAGUUCGAAGGUUCACAAAAUUUUUAUUCCGGUAGUUUUUUUGAAUUAUCAAUAAAUAACAUAUAACUAUAAAUCAUUUGUAUGACAAGGAAGGUUAUUUCACCUCGCUGUUAAGAGUUUUAAAAGAUUGGUAAGAAAACUCUCCGAUGAGCUCAGAAGAUUUUCCCACUUGCCUAAAUACCUAUUAUCAAGAGCGGACGUCUCAAAACCAUCUAACUGGGGAACGAGCUCGGACUCGGGUACGCGUUUCGAGUUGAAACUUCGGUGGCUUGUAGACCCGGGUGAGAGUGCUUGGAAACAAGUUUUGCUUUCCUCCUUCUUUUGGCUGGAAAAAAGUUUUUUAGAAUUUAUCAUAGCCGGAUCAUUCAAGGCAAUUGUAUUAAAAUAUAAAAUAAGGUAAAAAGCAGUAUUCUGAAAAUUUUCAGGCCUAAUUUUCACAUUUUCUACUAAUUUUUUCUCAGUUCUCCAUCGGGUUUAGCAGAUAUUCUCUCUUGUUUUUAAGUUCUUUGACUUGGGUCUAAAAACCACUAAAGUUUCAACUGGAAACGCGUACCCGAGUCCGAGUAGUUCCCUAGUAAAGCCGGUUGAAUAGGCUCUCUGGAGGCUUUGAGAUGCAUUUCUUUGAAAAGGGAACUGUGCAGGUCAAAACGUUUCAGAACAUUCAUCUACACUACCUUCAGAAAAAAUACGAAACUUUUUUUUCCUUCCAUUUUCUCUGUACCGAGCUCAAUAUUCACUCUAUCGAGCUGCGUUUUUUCUUUCUGCAAACUCAAACUCCACCAGAAUAUUACCAAUGACAGUCGCCUCAACUCCAGAAAGUUCCAGAAAGAUAGAACAUCUUACAAGAAAGCUGUAAUCAAAAUAGCGUUUUUUCGCAUCUUUUCUGACGGAACUGUACUAUACUAAAUGUCUUUCUGGCUAGGCUUAGAAUUUUCUCAAAUGCGAAUUAAAAUAUCUUCUCUUGCAAGAAAGACUAUUUUGAGGCGAACUGCGCUACUCAAGGCGGCACCGGUCAGUGCUACACUUGCAGCUACGACAACUGCAAUUCGGCCUUCAGUUCUUUUUCGAUUCUGUCAGCCAUUAUGUCUCUCCUUAUUUGUUUCCUCAAGUUUUGAUUGUCUUUUUUCUUUUCUUUUCUUUUCUCUUUUUGCUUACUUCGUUGCUUGGUUUCCAGAAAGAUCUCCCGCGUCGUCGUUGGCGACGCUUCCAUUUCCUCUCAGACUUGCGUUGAAAUAAACCUAUUUAUUUGGAGAGUCUGCUCAUAGUUCAGAAAAAAAAACCAGGAUGUCAGCUACGUUCCUUAGCAAUGGGAAAACGCUGACUUUUCCGGAAAACACACAAAAGCGCACGACAAAAAGUGCUAUUGAAAAGAAAAAAUGUGAUAAACGUUUGAAUGACGGCCCUUGCUGAGGUAAAACACCUUUUUUCUGAGUUGUUUUUGGUUUUCCUUCCAAUUUUUCGGAGUUUCAGUCUAAUCUAACAGAUAAUUUCCUUUUGGAAGUUGAUCUGAAUGCGUCUCGGGAUAUUGGAAAUACUUCAAAUAUUUUUCAUUUCAUAACUUUUUCAAAUUUCUUGCUCUUUUGCUAGUUUCCUCUCCGGAACAACCUUAUCGAAGGUUCCAGGAAAUAUCCCAGUGAAGAAUGAGACCUUCUGAGUUUGCCAGGAGAAGAAGUACUCGUCUCUUUUAGACAUGAUCAAGAACAUAUCACAGAAAAGCGGAGCCUGGACUGAGAAAAAUGAUCUUUCUCGUCCCCUUCUGAAGGUGUGA